ACGGUCUCCUGGGAGACCAGGAAAGCCGUUUUGCCCCCGGCGGAAUCGAAGUAUAGAUUAUUUUACUUCAAAGUUCCUUCAGUAUAUUUUGGGAAAUUAUGGAUCGUCAUGUUCCCAUGCAUGCAUUACCUGAAGAAAUCCAAAAGAUGUCUCCUGAAGAAAAAGUUUGUAAGUACUGUGGAGUCAGCUAUCUAAUUCUACAUGAGUUUAAGGCUAUGGAAGAAAAAGUAAAAGCGAUGGAAAAAGAGAUGAAAUUUUAUCAAGGAAGUAUAGAACGUGAAAAGAGACUUCAAGAAAAACUACAGUCUCUUAGCCAAGAUUUUGAACGGUACAAAAUUGACAAUGAAUCCAAAACAGAAAGGAUUCAAGAUACAAGCAUGAAGUUAAAAAGUUACCAAGAUGAAUUUCAGAGGGUACAGAAAGAAUUGAGUCAGUUGCAAGAUGAGUUAAAAACUAAACAAAAACAAUCACAAAUCUUCAGUCAGAGAUUGACGGAAUACAAAUAUUUCUGGACUAAGACUCUUUCAUUACUUACUUUUACUAAAAGAGAGCUAAACAGUAUUAAAAAUGAAGUAUAUGAUCAUUUUAAAAACUGGACUUCACUGAAGAGAGAAAUUUUUCUACAAAUUAAAUCAAUAAGUGAAACAGCCUUGACAGAAAUAAAGAUGCUAAAUAAAAGUUUGACAGUGUCCCAGAGAAACAAUGUAUGCCUUGAAGAGGAAAUGAAAAAUCUGAAGUUGUUGUCAGAUGCAGCCAUAUUGAGAUCUCAGCAGAUUCAGACAUCCAAACAACAGGAAGUAAACUUGCAAACCAGAUGCCAUGACUUGCAAAAGGAAGUACUAGAUUUACAGUGUCAAGUAGAAGCACUUGGGCUAAAACUUCAGAAGGCAGUGACUGAGAUGGACAACUACAAAGAAAAGCUCAUGAAUAAAUCUAAUGAAGCUGAUGAGUGUCAAAGAGAACUUAGAAAACUGAAGUUUGAAUCCAUUAUCUCUGACUCACGGCAUACCAGAUUGCUUAAAGAAAAAGAAGAAUCUUUAAUGACUUGUCAACAAAUAUAUAAAACUUUACAGGAAGAACUGACUGCAAAAGAAAGGCAAGAAGAUGACUUAAAAAGAAGAAUUAAUAUUGCAGAAAAUGAACUGGAAAUAACCAAAACUCUUCUGAUUCAGACAAAGGAAGAAGUUGUAACACUGAAAAGUGAAAGACCAAAUCCUCCAAAGACAAAGGCUCCAGGUAAAGUAAAAGUCUGUGGAGGAGAACAAGAUGGCGGAGGAACAGCAGGAGCUCAGGGCAUAGCUAAGGCUGAGCAGUUUACGGGUGGCCCUGGUAUUGCUGGCUGUAAAGGGUGUCACCUCCGGGCUGGGGCUCAGCCUCUGCACUGGGACAGCAUCCGCCCAGCAUCCCCCGGCCCUGCACCCAGAGCUCACUGCAGUGGAGACUGCAGCACAAGGGCUGCACACCCUGUUAAAGGCACAGCCCGGAGUAAUUUCUUCCAGCCAGGCUCUACUGUUGGUUGCAUCUGGAAGAAUCCAGCACCGAGAGCAUUUGGUGCAGGAGGAGGUGAGUGUGCGGACAGUGGGGUGAGCAUGGGGGUCACUGCUGGGGUGUGCAGGAAGGGGGUGGGAGCAUAUCUGCCCCAGGGUGACAUCUUGGCUGGUGAGGAGCUGUCUGCUGCUCCCCCUGAGAGAAG